AUGAAUAUAUAUUACAUUAAUAUGUUAGUAAUGUCCAUUUUAUUGAUUGUUUUAUUUUUAUCAUAUAAUGUAAAUAAUCAUAAUAAAAAAUAUAAUGUAGGCUAUAUUCAAAAUAACAGACAAAUGAUAAUGAUGAAAUCAAGACGUUUAGCUGAAAUUCAAUUGCCUAAGUGUCCACACUAUAACAAUGAUCCAGAGCUUAAAAAAAUAAUUGACAAAUUGAAUGAAGAAAGAAUUAAAAAAUAUAUAGAGACUAAUAAUUCUUUUGAAGAAUUACACGGAUUAUUAGUGAAAGAAAGAACCAAAUCUUUAUAUGAGAAUGGUAUGAAGAAAUCCUCGAAUAUGGAAAAGGAAUUAUUGAAAAAAUAUGAUGAUUCAAUUCGUGAUGAACAUAAUGUUAUCUCAAAAUCAGGAAUUUACACAAGUGAUUAUAGAAAAUUAUAUGAUAAAUCUUGUGAUUAUCAAAAUCAAAAGAUAUUGAGAGAUGAAUUGGCUUCAUGCUGUAAGGUACAUGAUAAUUAUUUAGAUAAUUUAAAAAAGGGUUGCUUUGGAGGUGUAGGUAUAUGUACAUUGUGCUCUCUUCUUGUGAGCAAUAUUGGUAUUGGAUAUGCUGUGACUGCUGCUAAAGAGGUAAUUACCGGUUUGUAUUCUUUAGAUAUUGCUAAUAAAUUUACGAAGGCGCUUGCUGGUAUCUAUUUCUUUUUUAGUUCUUCAAUCGAGAAUGCUGGUGUUUCUGGUGUUACUAUUUUUUAUUGGGAUUCUAUGAGAAUGGCUAGUAUUGCGAGUUCUACUAUUAAUCCUUAUGGUAUUGCAGCUCUGGUAUUAAUUGUAUUAGUUGUUGUACUUAUAGUAUUAUAUAUAUGGUUGUAUAGAAGACGAAAAAAAUCAUGGAAACAUGAAUGCAAGAAACAUUUAAGCACCUAA